UGAUAACGGAACACAGCUGCUGUUCAGGCGUUCCCAGGGCAGCCAGCUGGGUGGAGGCUGUGCCGAGAGUGGCGGAGGACCCCGCGGCAAGAUGGCUGCGGCGACGGCAGCGCGCUGGCGGCGGCACAUCAGGGAGCAACUGAGGCUACGGGAUCGGCAGCAGAGACAGGGCUUCGAGGAACUGGUGCAGGCGUAUAAUAAGCUCUUGGAGAAAUCCGACCUACAAACCGUCCUUGCCGAAAGGUUUCAGGGUGAGAAGUAUGAUUUGCACAACAGGACCGACAUCAGCCCAGCAUCGGAUGGCAUACGGAAUGAGACGAUGCAUGAAGUUGCCCAGAUGCGGAUGCGUCAUCAGGAAGAGCUCACAGAGCUCCACAAGAAGCGUGGUGAGCUUGCCCAGAAUGUGAUUGAACUUAAUAGCCAACUUCAGCAAAAAGACAAGGAGAUCCAUGCCAAUGAAACACAGAUGGCUGAGUACGAGAAGCACAUACAGCAACUGAGUAAUGAUUGCCAGGAGCUGCGAAACAAGCUCCAAGAGCUAGAGCAAGCCAAUCAGACGCUGAAGGAUGAAUACGAUGCCCUCCAGAUUACCUUCACAGCCCUCGAGGAGAAGCUGCGGAAAACAUCCGAUGAAAACCGGGAGCUAAUCACACGCUGGAUGGCUGAGAAGGCUCAGGAAGCUAAUCGCUUAAAUGCAGAAAAUGAAAAGGAUACAUGGAGACGCCAGGCGAAGCUGAAAAAGGAUUUGGCUGAGGCUGCCAAAGAACCACUGAACAUUGACCCUGAUGAUGACAUCGAGGUGCUUGGUGAAGAAGGGCCUGACACGGCAGAAGAAGCAUCACCAGUGCGAGCGAAGCACAGGCCUCCCAGAAGGACUUCACAGGCAUCUGGAAUCUUGGAUUCUAUUGGUAAUAUCUUUGGAAAGCGAUCACCCACGCUGCAUGGGACUGUGAGUGAUGCCCCUGAUGUCCGUACCGGACCUUGUAAUCAGAUGCGAUUGCCCACCACACCACUCCACUUUUUUGACGCUCAUGAUGGAGAGGUCAAUGCAGUCCGGUUUAGUCCAGGAUCCCGAGUGGUUGUGACUGGUGGGACCGAUAGGAAGGUUAAGCUAUGGGAGGUCUCCUCGGGAAGAUGUGAACUGAAGAGCACCCUCACUGGUAGUAAUGCUGGAAUUACCAGUCUGGAAUUUGACAGCACAGGGGUGUAUCUGCUUGCAGCCUCCAAUGACUUUGCCAGCAGAAUAUGGACAGUGGAUGAUUCUCGGUUAAGGCACACAUUAACAGGACACAGUGGGAAGGUGCUAUCUGCGAAGUUCCUUCUGGACAAUGCACGUAUAGUGUCGGGCAGCCACGAUCGAACUCUCAAGCUGUGGGAUUUGAGCCGCAAGAUCUGUAUAAAAACUGUGUUUGCUGGCUCCAGCUGCAAUGAUAUUGUUUGCACUGAGCAGUGUGUUAUGAGUGGGCACUUUGACAAGAAGAUUCGCUUCUGGGAUAUCAGGACAGAGAGUAUUGUGCGAGAGUUAGAACUGCAGGGUCGUAUCACUGCGCUUGAUCUUAGCCCAGACCACACGGAACUGCUGACCUGCUCCAGAGAUGACAUACUAAAGAUCAUUGAUCUGCGUACAAAUGUGACCAGACAGUCAUUCAGUUCACAAGGAUUUAAGUGUGGAUCAGACUGGACAAGAAUAACAUUCAGUCCAGAUGGGAAGUUCGUUGCUGCAGGGUCUUCAGAUGGAACUCUCUUUGUGUGGAGUGUCGAAUCUGGGAAGGUGGAAAGAUCUCUAGGAAAGCAUCACAGCUCUUCUAUAAAUUCAGUGUCAUGGUCGCCAUCUGGAGAGCACGUGGUCAGUGUGGACAAAGGAAGCCGUGUCGUACUUUGGUCAGAGAUCUGAGUUAAAAUGACCAGAAGCUGACUAAGUAGUGGCCUUGUACUCUGCACUCCUUCUGGCUGCAUGGAGGAGAUUGCCCACAACAUGCCUGGCAUUACAGCACACAACAUGGCAGAGUGUGCCUCGCAGAAUCUCCCUCUUGUAUAUCCGGACUGCUGCAAAGGCACUUGGAUAAUGCAUUGUUGGACACUUCUGCUUAUACAGUCAUUCACAAGAAACAUGCUCUCUGCCUGCUGGGGUAAAUCACUUUGUGUAACUUACACAGGGUUUUACAUUACCAGCUGCAGGUUGACUUCAGGACACAAAGCCACCCUUUUCCACCCAAGGUGCCUAGAUGUCUUCUCUCUCCACUGCUUCCUUUCUGUUGCAACCAUAUCAAUGACCGGAUCUGUUAGCAUACUGUAUCUACUUUGUGUCCAUCCUUCCCUUUCUCCAAACCUGAGUAAAAAUACUGAUUUUUUUUUUAAUUAAUUGGCACACUUGUGAAUUGGAACCUCUGAGUGAGAAGAGGUUACAGUUGGCUUGUGCUUUAUUGGUGAAAUAAUGAGAUGAAUAAUUAUUGCAUAGUGGUGGCAAGGGAAAGAUGUUGUGUACUUUGCUUUACUGUGAGGGAGUUGUACACCAUGAGCAAUAUUUUGUGAGAAGCUUUCCCUGAAAGAGCAAUUUAAUUCUGUACCACUAAGAGAACAGGUAUUUCUUCUUUAUAUAUCAUUUGUUCUUUGAAUUUGAAAUUUCUGCGUUUGUAGCUUGAUUGCACUAAAGUUCCCAAUUGUCCUUGGCUGGCGGUGGGUUGCUGCCUUGAAUCAUGUGAUUAUUCUCUCAUAGUGCUGGUGUGUAAGGGGAUGAACAUCCUAAGUGUUUAUCCACAGAAAUUUAGAAUCUGGUUACAAUUGUAUGGUCAGUGGACACGUUUGUCCUCUUUAAUUUCAGAAAGCCACAACUUGGGACUUGCUGUUUACCCUCUUUAUUCAUGCCCUGCUAGUUUCCAUAAUGUAUCCAAAAUUGGCAAUGUUUUCACUAGUAAUUUUGCUUUCAGUAGCUCAGUUUCAAUGCUCAAUCUAAUUUAUGGACAUUGUUCGGAGGACCAGCUUCUAAGCUUAGCACUUUAAAUUCUCUAUUGCUAGACCAGUGUUGGGUUUCUUGUUGUAAUUGUCUCCUGCUGAGGCAGCGUGCUUUAUGCUGUGAUACGGAUGAAAUACCUGAGAUGGGUUUCCAGUCUGCAUUCCCUAGCUGGUGUUUUAAGAGAAGGGCUUAGAAUAUAAAAAUGAUCAACUCUGAGUAAAAUAAGCCAGAGUUACAGAAAAUGGCCAUUAUAUAGUGACAUGCUGGAAAGCGUGCUUUUCUUUAUAUUAAAGAGGUUGGAUGCUACAUGUAGUGUGGGAGUAUCUACCUUGUAAUGCACUGCAACCUCCUGCAGCAUUUCUGCCUUUACUUGCCAUCUAACCGCACAUGCAGAUUGAGCACUUUAUUAAAGUGACAGAGAUCUUCACCACAGCAGGAGCUGAUGCUUUCAGAAAACUAUAUUUAAAUAUAUACUAAAAUUCUAUACAUUAAAAUUCUUUAAAUUAACUAUGUAUUUGGAAAUCCUAGUGGUUCAGUGUCUGACUCACUGGAUAAUGAUGCCCACACUUGUCUUAUAACAGGGCUUGGUGUCCAUGGUCAGUUAAGUACAGCAGGUCCAGGUUCCAGUGCUCACUUCAAUACAUGAAAGCCUGAGAUUCCCAUUCUCACACUUUUGUCCCUGGUUCCUGCGCUUUCUCUCUUAAAUCAUUGGGGCCACCAGAGCAUUUCUUGUACUGUCGUCAAACAUCUGAAAGAAAGUGAAUUCAAAGUGUGGAGUAUUAUUUGGAAUGACAUUCAAUUAGUAAGGAAAAUCUGCUGGUCUGGCAUCACCACCUGAGAGCGGAGCUUUACUGUAUAUAGAUAGCAGUAGACAACUGCAUAUGGUUUCUACAGUGACCAUGCACGGAAUACACACUAAGUACCGGGCAGGAAACUUCAGCAGCAUGCAUUUUGUUAUUUCGUAUGACUUGUAUUCGGGUCCUUUGAAAUGUCUACUUCAUACUAGUAGCAGCUUCAUAAUUAAUAGCCUAUGCCAAACUGAAGAGGAGCCAACUGUUGGUUGUAUUAUCAGGCAUUGUUUUCACUUUUUGUGUAUUUAUCACAAUUACAUUGUGGUUGUAAAAUUGCUCAAAGAUGUGUAAAAUGCAAAAACUACUAAACUGCGGCAAACCAAUUGGUACAAGAGGAUACCUCUUUUGUGAUUGAGGAUUUGUAUCAGACAGAUGCUGAAACUGAGUUGGCAGUCUUGAGAAGGGCCACCUGAGAUAUAGGUUCAGAUUCAGACUGGUCUUGCAAUAAGAGUCAGUGUGCCUUGUACGCUGUGGUCUUUAAGUGGCUUCAAAAGCACUUCCAAUAAUGUGCACCAAAUUGACAGUCCAAAAAAGGAGAGGAAACAUUUCUUUGCUGUGUGGUUCUUGGUGGGGGGGGCUGCGGUAUUAAUUUGUUCGUGCCCCUAAUUCUUGCUUCACUUGUCCCAACGUUAUGAAAAGUACUCACUUUGCAGAGUAACUCAUUAACUCAUGUAACUGGUAUACAAGGGUUUGUUGUUGUAUAUUUAAACCAAAUUGAGUAUCAGUUUGGAGUGUUUGAUAAAGUGUAUUCGGCACCUAAUGGGGGAAUGCUAAUAGCUGGGAUUUAACUUUACUGAGUCUGAUUCUUUCUGGAUGUGAGUUGGAGUUUAAAUUUGGAGUAAAUUUCUGUCAGUCCUGUAUGUUCCAGCGGAGUGUGUCAGCUGCAGCGUUUCAAGAAUGUUUCUGCUGUGUUCACUUUGAUAAAAGCCAAUAAUUCAGCCAUGACUUUUCCUUAUAAAGCCCCAAAUCAUAAUGAAACCUUUUGUCAGCAUUCGCCAUUUAUUGCUCAGGACGAGUAACUGACUUUUCAUCACUAAUCAUCUUUGACCUUCAGUGUUGUCGUGAUUGAGAGCUGUCAAUGCCUAAUGCCAAUAUCAAACCAUAUUAAAGCUCCAUAGUUUAUAGUUCAAUGGUUGUAUUCCAUUCACAACAUUCGCUUCUGUUGAAGGGUAGCCCAGUUAAAUUUAAGGAUGCGGCAAGUAAAUGGAGUGCUUAUUAUGGACUUGCUGUUGGAGCUCAAAGUUUUGUACUGUUCCUUAAGGGCUACAGGCGAGGCAUUCAAAUGUCCAGUCCUCUAUUUGCUGCUAUUGUGCAUUGAGAGAGUUUCAUUUUGUUGCUGUGCAUUGCUCUGUGAAAGUGUGGUCAGGGUGGUCACUUGGAUCUGGAUGGAGAGCAAACAAAUGUCUUCUGUCAUAGCUGAGCUUACAGAUCCUACCCCUUCCGUGGAUAGUGUAGUUUUACCAAACGUGCUACAGUUGACCCCUGUGUUGUGGCUGUGUGGCUAGUGGAAAUUUGCCUUCACAGAACUCGCAAGCCACUACCCAAUAAAACUUAUUCCCGCAGAAUUUAUGUUGAAAAAGUAAAUAAAUCAACACAAUUUAUUUCUUAACUCAUUUUUGACGUGCACAGAUGACACAGAUUAACGUAAAAAAAAAAAUCAGAUGGGUUGUUCUCUUGUAAUACAAUUGAACAAGAGGGAGGGGAUCACUUGUGUUUGUAAAAUGUUGCACUGACUGCAGACCGAUCUGUGCACCUGUUCGUAUGAAGAGAGUAGCAAUGCCAGAGUCUGAUCUUUGGUCCAUGUGUGUGUGUACAUUUUGUUAAGUGGCAUGUUCCAAUUACCUCAUUUGUAUCAAUGCUUUAAAAGUGCUCUUCACAGAGUCUUAUUUGCACUUUAUAUUUUUUUUCUGAAGAGCACUGCAUAACAACCUUGUCAUUUGGCUGAGGUUUGGCUCCCCCAUUGUGGCUGAAUCUCGUGUAAUCCCACCAAUCAUUACAGAUGUUUUUUUUAAUAAAAUUAUUUUAAAGAAUGCACCUUUGUCAAAUUCUGAAUUGCAAUUUCUUUACUGCUAUUAUUACUUCUCUAAAUGUUUCAACAAUUUGAUAUGUUGUUAAAUUUUCCUGCAAUGCAACUUUUGUAUUUCCCGCUGCCUUUGGUAUCUUGUCCUUUUAACGUGAUGGUGAUAGAUAAUGUUUUCAGGGCAAGGUAGGAAGUGGUGUCAAAUCAUAAUUCCUGGCAGUUACCCAGUGAGCACUUGUUAUAUCAAGUGUAGCUGCAAAAUUUAUCUCUGUCAAUUUUGCUCUUUGAAUGCUCAGUCAAACCCAAAGUUACAACUGCUGCAUCAAUAUAUCUUGUGCAACUUUAGAAGAGUCUCAACCCGGAAUGUCGACUGUUUACUCUUUUUCCAUAGAAGAUUGCUCCCUGGUUUGCUGAAUUCCUCCAGCAUUUUGUGUAUUGCUUUGGAUUUCUGGAAUCUGUGCAGAUUUUCUUGUAUUUGUAAUUUUUAUAUAUAUAUAUAGAUAUAGUGGUCUGGGACCUGCAGGGAUUGUAUAUCAGUAGUGUGCAAUUGAAAGUGAACCAAAUUUCACAUCACAUGCCAGUGAUGAUAAACCUGAUUCUGAUACUGACACCAUCAGGAGAUGUGGAGAGCAAGCACAAAUGGCCAGCAAUUUGUACAGAACAUUAUAGAUUUUUAUUUCAAGGGAUUAUCAGGGCUGGUGCUUGCUAUAAUUUUAAAACUGGUGCUUUUUUUGGUAUCCUUUCAAAAUUGCUAGUCUUUAAGGAAUGGUGUGCUUAUUGUGAGUGACAUUGGCCUGACUUUGAGGCUUUUAGAAACAUAAUUGAAAUCUGACUGCAGAUUCUGGACAUAUUCAGCAGGUUUUGAUGUAAGGUUAUUGAUUCUGAAACACACAUUGUGUUUCUUGCUCCACAGCAGUCCCUGAGCAUUUUGAGCACUUUGUUAAUGCAAUUCCUAGGGAAAGUUAGCCACAUCAUUGUAAGAUUCUGAGGAUUAAUUUUGAGAAAGCAGUUUGCAUGUAUUUGCCACACCUUUUAAUAACUCCCAAUUAAAAGAAGCUGCUGAAGAUUCAGCUUUGUUCUGUUUGUUCCAUGCUUUAUUAGGCAUGCUUCCAUGCAGUUUGACUUUAUUUGCUGUUCCGUUGAAUGCUUGGACAAUGACAAAUGGAAGUCUCCAACUCAGUUGACAGACUUGUGAACAGCUUUCUCCUUGACGUACAAUAUGAACAGGCAAGGUGUAGGACAAAAGGACCAAAACAGAUUUCUAGAAGAGAGAUGUAGAGAAAAACUGUUAGGCCAUAUUGCUCCCUAUAUUAUACAUGAAACUGAAUGAGGAACAGU